AUGACGGAUGCAACUGCUGGCAAAAUCCCUCACGUUCUGGUGAUUAUGGAUGGUGUGGGUCAUCGUGAAGCGGUCGAAGAUAAUGCGUUUUUAGCAGCAAAAACGCCAAAUCUAACCAUGAUGCAAGAAAAGCAUCCGCAUAGUUUAAUUUCAGGUUCAGGUGAAGAUGUCGGUUUGCCAGAUGGGCAAAUGGGUAACUCAGAAGUUGGUCAUAUGAACUUGGGUGCAGGUCGUGUGCUGUAUCAAGAUUUUACUCGUAUUACCAAAGACAUCCGUACAGGCGAUUUUUUCGAGCAUGAAGUUCUGAUUGAUGCGGUAGAAAAAGCCAAAGCGGCAAAUGGUGCAUUACACAUCAUGGGAUUGUUGUCAGAGGGUGGUGUCCACUCUCAUCAAGACCAUAUUAUUGCGAUGUGUGAGCUUGCCUUGAAGCGUGGGGCAAAAGUCUAUUUACAUGCGUUCUUAGAUGGUCGUGAUACACCACCACGGAGUGCAAAACCUUCUUUAGAAAAACUCGAUGCGGUAUUUGCACAAUAUCCAAAUCAAGGCCGUAUUGCCACGAUGAUUGGACGUUACUUUGCCAUGGAUCGUGAUAAUCGUUGGGAUCGUGUGGAACAAGCUUACCGUCUGAUGACUGAAGGAGAAGCUUUACGUGUUGUUGAUUCAGCUGUUGAAGGCAAAACGCAGUUACGUAUUGCUGAAACAGAAAAAUACGCUCAUGUGACUUUCUUCUUUAGUGGUGGUCGUGAAGAUGAAUAUCCAGGUGAAAAACGGAUCCUAAUCCCAUCACCUAAAGUGGCGACCUAUGAUUUACAACCAGAAAUGAGCGCACCAGAAGUUACCGACAAGCUGGUUGAUGCGAUCAAUUCAGGCGAGUUUGACCUUUUGGUGGUGAACUAUGCCAAUGGUGAUAUGGUGGGUCAUACUGGCGUGUUUGAGGCUGCUGUGAAAGCAGUUGAAGCGGUUGAUAUAAGCCUUGGUCGUUUAUAUGAAGCUGUAAUGGCAAAGCAUGGUCACAUGCUGAUUACCGCUGAUCAUGGUAAUGUCGAGCAAAUGCAGGAUUAUUUGCAACUGAAUGAAAAAAGCCCAGCAAUCACGAUGGUCAGAAAUCGAAAAUUAGAAGUGGCGGAUAUAGAGCCGGUUAUGUUGCAUAAUCAGGUUUUGGUUCUUAAAGUCAAAGUCUUUCAACAAGAUACGGCCAAUGAAAUUAAACGUUUAAUUGAAGAAUAUAGCACUCAAAAAGUAAAAGCCGUGUUGUUCGAUUUGCGCAAUAACCCCGGUGGUUUACUCUCAGCGGCUGUUGAAACGGCUGAUCUGUUUUUAACUCAGGGAACGAUUGUUUCUACCAAAAGCCGUUCAGAAGGCAAUCAACAAUUCCAAGCCUUACCGGGUGAUGAGUCGUCCAAUACCAAAUUAGGAGGCGUUCUACCCUCCCUCCCCAACGACAACAUCCAUAUCGCCACGCUGUAA